GAGGAGGAGGAGGAGGGGGGGCGAGACUGGACUGGACCGGACCGGACCCGGACCGGGAGCGUCGCCGUGGCUCUUUAUAGCCCGCUCUCCUGAGAAGAUGUCCGAGUUUUUCCUGGUCGUUUUUCUAGCCCUGUUCUCGGGAUUAUUUCCGGGCGCCGAACCGUCGGCGGUGUCGGACGAGGGGAGAGGUGCGCAGGAGGUUGUGAUCCGAUGCCCCCUCAAUCACAUACAGUGCAUCGGCACCAAAAAAUGCAUCCAUUUCAACAAGCUCUGCAACGGGGCGAGAGACUGCGAGGACGGCUACGACGAGGGAGUGCACUGCCGAGAGCUCCUGUCAGCCUGCCACGAGCUGCGGUGCCGCUACGGCUGCGUCAUGACGAGAAACGGCACCUUCUGUUUCUGCGCCGAUGGCUUUGAGGUCGGCGAGGACGGCACCAGCUGCAGAGACCAUGAUGAAUGCGCCAUGUACGGCGCAUGCAGCCAAACCUGCACCAACACCUACGGGUCAUACGGAUGCAGCUGCACAGAAGGAUACAUCCUGCAGCCCGACCGGAGAUCCUGCAGAGCCAAACAAGACCCCGGCGACAGCCGUCCGAUGCUACUCAUGGGUGGUUCCGAGCGCAUUGUCAUCACCCAUCUCAACGGCACCGGCCUGCAGCCCCUCAGGUCUCUGAGUGCAAACGGGACGCUGGCGCUGGACUUCCGGCACGACCAGGAGAGCGUGUGCUGGGUUCUGUCCGACGGCGAGUCCUCGGGGCGCCUCCGCUGCGCCGAAACCAGGAACCUGCGCGGGUUCACGCGGGAACAAGAAAUACCAACACAGCAGAGCUUGCAACAUGUGGAGAACAUGGCCAUCGACUGGCUGACGGGCAACUUCUAUUUUUUGGACGGCACCGCAGACAGGAUAUUUGUUUGUAACCACGGCGGGGACACGUGUGUUACUAUCCUACAACUGGACCUGCUAAAUCCUAAAGGAAUAGCUCUGGAUCCUCUAAUGGGGAUGCUCUUCUUCACUGACUACGGGGACGUUGCCAAGGUGGAGCGCUGCAACAUGGACGGCACUAAUCGCACCCGCCUGGUGGAUCAGAACAUCGAGCAGCCCACAGCCGUGGCGCUGGACGUGGUCAGGAAGCUGGUGUACUGGGCAGACGCCUACCUGGAUUACAUCGGCGUGGUGGAUUACCACGGCAGGGACCGGCACACCGUGGUCCACGGGAGCCAAGUAGCAUACAUUUAUGCGUUAGCUGUGUUUGAGGACUACCUUUACGCCACUCAAUCGGACCCCUCCAAAGGGAGUUACCCCGUGGAGCUUCUACGGAUCCACAGGUUCAACAUCACAGCGGAGAGCAGGACAUUAGCGAGCCUGGGGAGUACCAGAGGACUCCGUGUUUACCACAAACUCACCCAGCCGAAAGUCAGGAGUCAAGCGUGCCAAAUGGAUUCAUACGGAAAACCGGGCGGAUGUUCUCAUGUCUGCCUCCUGAGCGGCAGCUACAAGUCCAGAACCUGCCGCUGCCGCACCGGCUACAGCCUCGGCUCCGACGGGCGGUCCUGUAAAAAGCCCAGAAACGAUCUCUUCCUGUUCUACGGUAAGGGGCGUCCAGGGGUCAUCCGAGGUCUGGAUAUGAAUAUAAAGUCAAGCGAUGAGCACAUCGUGCCCAUCGAGGACCUGGUCAACCCUCGAGCAAUCGACUACUACGCAGAAACAGGUCACAUCUACUUUGCUGACACCACCAGUUUCCUGAUCGGGCGACAGAAAAUAGAUGGAAGCAGCAGAGAGACUAUACUCAAAGACGAACUUGACAAUGUUGAAGGCAUCUCAGUCGACUGGAUUGGGAAUAACUUGUAUUGGACCAACGACGGCUACAGGAAGACUAUCAGUGUCGCCAGACUGGAGAGAGCCUCCCAGACCAGGAAGACUCUACUGGAGGGGAAUAUGUCACAUCCCCGGGCCAUCGUGGUUGACCCUCUAAACAGCUGGAUGUACUGGACGGACUGGGAGGAGGACGAGGUCAACGACAGCAUCGGGCGGAUAGAGAAAGCCUGGAUGGACGGAUCCAACCGCCGCAUUUUUGUCACCUCCAACAUGCUGUGGCCUAACGGUCUGACGCUGGACCACAGCACUGGGACCAUGUACUGGUGCGACGCCUACUAUGACCACAUCGAGAAGAUUCAACUCAACGGGACCGGGCGAACGGUGGUGUACAACGGAAAAGAGCUGAACCACCCCUUCGGAAUCUCCCAUUAUCGCAACUUCAUCUUCUGGACGGAGUACAUGAACGCCUCGGUCUUCCAGCUGGACCUGACCACAGGCGACGUCACCCUGCUGCGGAGCGAGAGGCCCCCGCUGUUCGGCCUGCGUGUCUAUGACGCGCCGAGUCAGCAAGGUGACAACGCCUGCAAUGUGAAUUAUGGGGGCUGCGGUACCCUCUGCCUCGCCAUCCCGGGGGGCAGAGUGUGCGCCUGCGCUGACAACCAGCUUCUGGAGAAGAACAAUGUCACCUGUGCAGAAGCCUCCAGCGGCGGCUCGGAGACGCAGCGGUGCAAAAGCGACGAGUUCCUGUGCCACAAUCAACGCUGCGUACGGGCCGCGUGGAAGUGUGACGGAGACGACGACUGUCUGGAUGGAAGCGACGAGGAGAGCCACAGCUGCUACAACCACACCUGUCCCGCUGAUCAGUUUAAAUGCAGCAACAAUCGCUGCAUUCCCAAGCGGUGGCUCUGCGAUGGAACAAACGACUGCGGAAACAACGAGGAUGAGGCCAACGCGACGUGCUCAGCCCGGCCCUGUCAGGCCGACCAGUUCUCGUGCCAGAACGGACGAUGUAUACCUCGAGCCUGGAGCUGUGACCGGGAGGAGGACUGCGGGGACGCGUCCGAUGAAAUAUCAUGCACCUUCCCCACCUGUGAGCCCCUCGUCCAGUUCAGCUGUUCCAACGGCCGAUGCAUCAGUGCGAUGUGGCGCUGCGAUUCGGACGACGACUGCGGCGACGGCAGCGACGAGGUGGGCUGCGUCCGGUCCUGCGCCAACGGCCAGUUCCAGUGCAGCAGCGGGCGCUGCAUCCCGGACCACUGGGCCUGUGACGGGGACAACGACUGCGGCGACUUCAGUGACGAGAACGCCACCUGCAGAGGCGGAUCCGCACUGCUGCCGUCCGUCAUCGAGUGCAGCGCGGAGGAAUUCCACUGCGUCACAGACGGAACCUGCAUCCCGGAGCGCUGGAGGUGCGACGGAGACAAGGACUGCGAGGACGGCAGCGACGAGAAAGGCUGCGAGGGCACCAAACGGAUGUGCGACCCCAAGGCCAAGUUCACCUGCAAGGAUACAGGGAAGUGCAUCACAAAGAGCUGGGUGUGUGAUGGGGACAUCGACUGCGAGGACCGCUCGGACGAAGAGUCCUGCGAGUCGGCCGCCUGCAAGCCCCCCAAGUACCCCUGUGCCAACGACACCUCCGUCUGCCUCACGCCCGAUAAGAUCUGCAACGGCAAAGUGGACUGUGCCGACCGCUCGGAUGAAGGACCCAUCUGCGAUAUGUGUCUGGCAGCCAGAGGCGGCUGCAGCCACCAGUGCACGGUGGCGCCGGGCGAAGGGGUUGUGUGUUUUUGUCCCCCGGGCCUCCACCUGGACUCCAGCAACAAGACGUGCGAAGCCGUGGACUACUGCAGCGGUCACCUGAAGUGCAGCCAGGUGUGCGAGCAGUACAAGACCACAGUGAAGUGCUCCUGUUAUCCCGGAUGGACGCUGGACCCAGACGGAGACAGCUGCCACAGCACAGAUCCCUUUGAGGCUUUCAUCAUUUUCUCCAUCCGGCACGAGAUAAGACGGAUAGACCUUCACAAGCGGGACUACAGCCUGCUGGUGCCGGGACUGAGGAACACCAUCGCGCUAGACUUCCACUUUAAUCACAGCCUCCUUUACUGGACAGAUGUGGUGGAGGAUAAGAUCUACAGAGGAAGGCUCUCGGAGUCGGGCGGGGUGACGGGGAUUGAGGUGGUGGUGCAGCACGGCCUGGCCACGCCCGAGGGCCUCGCCGUGGACUGGAUCACGGGCAAACUCUACUGGAUCGACAGCAAUCUGGACCAAAUCGAGGUGGCCAAGCUCAACGGAGACAUGCGCACCACUCUGAUUGCCGGAGGCAUGGAGCAUCCGCGGGCCAUCGCUCUCGACCCGGGGCAGGGGAUCCUGUUCUGGACGGACUGGGACGCCACGUACCCCCGAAUCGAGGCUGCAUCGAUGAGCGGAGGAGGUCGGCACAUCGUCUUCAAGGAUAUGGAAAUCGGCGCCUGGCCUAAUGGACUGACUCUGGAUCAUUUGGAAAAGAGGAUUGUUUGGACGGACGCACGCUCUGACGCCAUUUUUUCCGCACUCUAUGACGGAAGUGGGGUAAUUGAGAUCCUCAGGGGCCACGAAUACCUGUCCCAUCCUUUUGCUGUGUCUCUCUUUGGAGGCAAUGUGUACUGGACAGACUGGAGGACCAACACUUUGGCGAGGGCCAACAAGUGGACCGGCCGGAAUGUCACCGUCAUCCAGAAGACGAGUGCUCAGCCUUUUGACUUGCAGAUUUUCCACCCUAGCAGACAACCACAAGCCCCCAACCCAUGUGGAGACAAUGAUGGCCGUGGUCCCUGCUCACAUCUGUGCCUCAUCAAUUACAACCGCACUUCGUCCUGCACCUGUCCACACCUCAUGAAGCUUUCAGCCAACAAACAAUCCUGCUUUGGGCUGAAAAGGUUCCUGCUGUACGUGAGGCGGUCUGAAAUCCGGGGUGUGGACAUUGACAACCCUUACAUGAACGUCAUGACAGCGCUAACGGUGCCGGACAUCGACGAUGUCACGGUGGUCGACUACGACGCCAAGGAGGAGAGGAUCUACUGGGCCGACAUCAAAACCCAAACCAUGAAACGGGCCUUCAUCAAUGGCACCCAGCUGGAGACCAUCCUGUCUGCAGACGUAGUGAACUGCCGCGGUCUGGCUCUCGACUGGCUUUCCAGGAACUUAUACUGGCUCAGCUCAGAGAAUGACGAGUCACAGAUCAAUGCGGCUCGCUUUGAUGGCUCCCUGAAGACCUCCAUCAUCCACGGCAUUGAUAAACCAAGGUGCCUUGUCGUGCACCCCGCCAAGGGAAAAAUCUAUUGGACGGACGGCAACACCAUUAACAUGGCCAACAUGGACGGCAGCAACAGCAAGGUGCUCCACCAGAACCAAAAGGACCCUGUAGGUCUCUCGAUCGACCACACGGCCAACAAGCUUUACUGGAUAAGCUCAACCAAUGGCACUAUCAACAGGUGCAAUCUGGAUGGCAAUGGGCUGGAGGUGCUGGAGACUCUGAAGAGGGAGUUAGCCAAAGGCACGGCUCUGGCGGUGAUGGGCAGCAAGCUCUGGUGGGCAGAUGAGGAAUCGGCACAGCUAGGAAUGGUGACCAAGAGGGACGGACAGAACCCUGUGAUCCUGAGAAACAAGACUAGUGGGGUGGUCCAUAUGAAAGUGUACGACAGGGAGGGUCAGAAAGGAAGAAACCAGUGCCAGAUAAACAACGGAGGAUGCUCGCAGCUCUGCUUCCCCACUUCGGAGAGCACCCGUAGCUGCUCCUGCACCGUUGGCUACAACCUGCGUAGCGACCGCAUGUCAUGCGAGGGUGUUGACUCAUUUCUGAUGUAUUCCAUCCACGAGGGAAUCCGGGGCAUCGCUCUGGACCCAAACGACAACACUGAAGCUCUGAUGCCCGUUACAGGGACACUGUUUGCUGUGGGAGUUGACUUCCAUGCAGGAAAUGACACCGUGUACUGGACGGACAUGGGCCUGAACAGGAUAUCGCGGGCCAAACGUGAUCAGACCUGGAGGGAAGACAUCAUUACUACCGGCAUCAGCCGGGUGGAAGGCAUCGCCGUGGACUGGAUCGCCGGAAAUCUGUACUGGACGGACCAUGGUUUCAAUCUAAUAGAAAUCUCUCGUCUGAACGGUGCCUACCGCUCAGUGGUCAUAUCUGAGGGACUGGAUCAGCCGAGGGCCAUCGCUGUGCAUCCACAGAAGGGGUAUCUCUUCUGGACCGAAUGGGGCCAGAACGCCUGCAUAGGCCGCUCCCGCCUGGACGGUUCGGACCAGGUUACCUUGGUCAACUCGGGCAUCAUGUGGCCCAAUGGAAUUUCCAUCGACUACGAGGAAAAUACAUUAUACUGGUGCGACGCUCGCACGGAUAAGAUCGAGAGGAUCAACCUUGAGACGGGGGAGAGCCGAGAGGUUGUGCUGUCAGUGGCCAACGUAGACCUGUUCUCAGUCGCAGUGUUUGGGGCUUACAUCUACUGGUCUGACAGGGCUUAUUCCAACGGUUCAAUACGACGCGCUUUCAAAACCGACACCAGUGACGCGGUGACUCUGAGGAGCGGCCUCGGCGUCAAUUUGAAGGACGUGACGAUCUUCAAUAGAGUCAGAGAAAAAGGCACAAACCCGUGUGCCAGGAGUAACGGAGGCUGCCAGCAGCUGUGCUUCCACCUGGGCAGCGGCCGCCGGACGUGCUCCUGCGCCCACGGCCGCUUGGCAGAGGACGGCUUCGCCUGCGAGCGCUACGAAGGUUACCUGCUCUUCUCGGAGAGGACCAUACUGAAAAGCAUCCACCUCUCCGAUGAGAAUGAUCUCAACUCGCCGGUCCAGCCUUUCGAGAAUCCGGCCUUCUUCAAGAAUGUCAUAGCCCUUGCCUUCGACUACAGCCAGAAGACGGCUCGGACCAACCGCAUCUUUUUCAGCGACGUCCAUUUCGGAAACAUCCAGAUGAUUAACGACGACUGGACGGGGAGAUCUAUUAUUGCAGAAAGUGUGGGUUCAGUCGAGGGUCUGGCCUACCACCAAGCCUGGGACACGCUGUACUGGACGAGCUCCACCACCUCCACCAUCACCAGGCAAACUGUGGACCAGAAACAAGCCGGGGCCCUGAGUCGACAGGCCGUGGUCACUCUCUCGGAGGACGACCAUCCGCACGCCCUGGCCCUGGACGAGUGUCAAAGCCUGAUGUUUUGGACCAACUGGAAUGAGCAGAGGCCCAGCAUCAUGAGAUCCACCUUAGCAGGCAAGAACAUGAGGAUCAUCGUUGGUUCCGACAUCCUGACACCCAACGGGCUGACUAUCGACCACAGGGCAGAGAAGCUCUACUUUUCCGACGGAACCCUUGGAAAAAUUGAGAGGUGUGACUACGAUGGUUCCAGCAGAUAUGUCGUCGUGAAAUCAGGACCCGGGAACUUCUACGGGCUCGCCAUCUACGCAGAUUUCAUCUACUGGUCGGACUGGACCCGCCGGUCUGUGCUGCGUUCCAACAAGUACACAGGCGGUGACACCAAGGUGCUGCGAGCAGACAUACCCCAUCAACCAAUGGGAAUCAUAGCCGUGGCCCGGGACACCAACGACUGUGAGCUAUCCCAAUGCCGGUACAUGAACGGAGGGUGCGGCGACCUUUGCCUCCUGACGCCGUACGGCAGGGUCAACUGCUCCUGCCGCGGAGAACGCGUGCUGCUGGAGGACAACAGAUGCGUGUCAGAAAAUUCCUCCUGCAACAUUCACACUGAAUUUGAGUGUGGGAAUGGCGAGUGCAUAAACUACCAGCUAACAUGUGAUGGGGCCGCCCACUGCAAAGAUAAAUCGGAUGAGAAGAUGCAAUACUGUGACAACCGGAGCUGUCGGAAGGGUUUCCGACCCUGCUACAACCAACGGUGCGUGGCCAGCAGCCGCUUCUGUGACGGGAUCGAUGACUGUGGGGACAACUCCGACGAAGCCUUCUGCAGCAAUGUCACGUGUGCCUCAUCAGAAUCCUCGUGCAAGGAUGGAAGCUGUGUACCCAGCUCCGCCUGGUGUAACCAGGUCAUUGACUGUGCCGACGCCUCGGAUGAAAAAAGCUGCAACCGCAGCGACUGCUCUCACUUUUACAAGCUGGGGGUGACGGAGAAGGAUUUCAUCAGCUGCAACUCCACCUCGCUGUGCAUCCACCCCACGUGGAUCUGCGACGGGGCCAACGACUGCGGAGACUACGCCGACGAGACGGGCUGCCAGGUCUCCCACGGGCAGAAGUGCGAGGAGGGCCACUUCGCUUGUCCGAGCGGGAACUGCAUCUCCAGCGUGUGGCUGUGCGACGGCCAAAAAGACUGCGAAGACGGAGCGGACGAAUUCCAGUGCGACUCGUCGUGCUUGUGGAACCAGUUUGCCUGCUCAAAGAACAAGUGCAUAGCCAAGCAGUGGCUGUGUGACGGAGAGAACGACUGUGAGGACGGCCUCGACGAGAGCGCGCAGAUCUGUGGCUCAGUGACAUGUGCUCCAGGGCUGUUCAGCUGCCCGGGGUCGUAUGCCUGUGUCCCCAAGCGCUGGCUCUGCGACGGCGAGAGGGACUGCCCGGAUGGGAGCGAUGAGCUUUCUGCAGCUGGCUGUGCACCCAACAACACGUGUGACGACAGCUCCUUUCGCUGCCGCAACGGAGCGUGCGUCCCCCGGCGGUUCGCCUGCGACCACGACGACGACUGCGGAGACGCGUCCGACGAGUCGGUGGAAUGUGCCUACCCCUCCUGUGGAUCGGAGGAAUUCCGCUGCGGGGACGGCCGCUGUCUCCUCAGCUCUCAGUGGGAGUGCGACGGCUACGCUGACUGUCCCGACCACUCUGACGAACUACCUCUGAACCUCAAAUGUCUGGCCGCAGGAAGCCUGUGCAAUGGCUCCUUCUUCAUGUGCUCAAACGGACGCUGCAUCUCCGAGGGGAGCCUGUGCGACGGCAGAGACGACUGCGGAGACCAGUCAGACGAGAGGAACUGUAACGUGAACGAAUGCUUGAACCGCAGAGUCAGUGGGUGCACACAGGACUGCCGCGAUCUUCCUGUGGGCUUCAAGUGUAAAUGCUGGCCUGGUUUCCACCUGAAGGAUGAUGGGAAGACGUGCGUGGAUGUCAACGAAUGCUCCGCCACACUUCCUUGCAGCCAGCGCUGCAUCAACACUUACGGCUCCUACAAGUGCCUGUGCGUGGACGGCUACGAGGCCUUGGAGCGCAACCCAGAUACGUGCAAGGCCGUGUCAGCUGAAGAACCUUUUCUCAUAAUGGCCGACCACCGGGAGAUCCGGAAGCUGAGUGUGGAUGGUUCAAACUACACCAUCCUGAAACAGGGCCUCAACAACAUCAUCCACAUAGACUUUGACUACAAGAAGGAAUUCAUCUAUUGGGUCGACUCAACCAGGCCGAGUGGGCGGAAGAUCAACAGAAUGCGCCUCAAUGGGAGCGACCUCAAGAUCGUCCACAGAACCGCGGUGCCCAGCGCCUUAGCAGUGGACUGGAUAGGAAAGAAUCUGUACUGGUGUGAUGCGGAAAGGAAAACGUUGGAAGUGUCCAAAGCCAACGGCCUCUACCCUACCGCCCUGAUCACAUCGAGCCUCAAGAACCCUACGGAUCUAGCUUUGGACCCCCAGACAGGGUACGUGUUCUGGGUAGACUGCUGUGAACCCCCUCACAUCGGGCGCAUUGGCAUGGACGGCCGAGGGCAGACGGUCAUCAUUGACACGGAGAUCUACAGCCCGACCGCUCUCACUAUCGACUACACCAACAAGAGGCUCUACUGGGCGGACGACAACCACAUCCUGCUUGCCAACAUGGAUGGCACCCAAAGACGAAAAGUGUCUUAUGAUCACAUCCAAGGGGUAAUGGCUCUGACUUUGUUUGAGGACUUUAUCUAUUGGACGGACGGAAAGUCCAAAUCGCUCCGACGUGCUCAUAAGACCACCGGCGCUCAAGGGAUGGAGCUCCUCAACUCCUGGCAAGCCAUCAAAUCCAUCAAGGUCUACCACUCCCUCCGCCAGCCUGAAGUUCCCAAGCACCAGUGUCAGAUCGCAAACGGAGGGUGCAGCCACCUGUGUCUUCUGUCCCCCGGCGGAGAACACAAAUGUGCCUGUCCCACUAAUUUCUACCUGGCUGCUGACAACAAGACCUGCCUCUCCAACUGCACCUCCAGUCAGUUUCGCUGUGGGACGGAUGAGUGCAUCCCUUUCUGGUGGAAGUGUGACACGGUGGACGACUGUGGGGACGGAUCGGAUGAGCCCACUGACUGCCCUGAAUUCAAAUGUCAACCCGGGCGUUUUCAGUGUGGAACCGGCCUUUGUGCUCUUCCUCCAUUCAUCUGUGAUGGCGAGAACGACUGUGGGGACAACUCCGAUGAAGCCAACUGUGAGACAUACAUCUGUCUGUCAGGCCAGUUCAAGUGCACCAGGAAACAGAAAUGCAUCCCUGUUAACCUCCGCUGCAACGGUCAGGAUGACUGCGGAGACGGAGAGGACGAGACGGACUGCCCUGAAAGCACCUGCUCCCCAGACCAGUUCCAGUGCAAGGCCUCCAUGCACUGCAUCUCCAAACUCUGGGUCUGUGAUGAGGACCCGGACUGCACAGACGGGUCGGACGAGGCUAAUUGCGAUGAAAAGACCUGUGGACCCCAUGAAUUCCGCUGCGAGAAUAACAACUGCAUCCCAGACCACUGGAGGUGUGACAGCCAGAAUGACUGCGGAGACAACUCAGACGAGGAGAACUGCAAACCAGUCACCUGCAACCACAAGGACUUUGCCUGCGCUAACGGAGACUGCAUCUCCUCCCGAUUCCGCUGUGAUGGAGACUAUGACUGCCUGGACAACUCGGACGAGAAAGGCUGUGAGGAACGCUGCGAGGAGGACCAGUUUCAAUGCCACAACAACCUCUGCAUCUCACUCAAGUGGCUGUGUGAUGGUCAAGAAGACUGCAAGAUGGGAGAAGAUGAGAAAAACUGCCAGGAAACAGCGGCCCCUUCGUGCUCCGUGAACGAGUACGUGUGUGCCAGCGGCGGGUGCGUGUCGGCCAGCCUGCGGUGCGAUGGACAUGACAACUGUCUGGACGGCUCCGAUGAGACUGGAUGCGUAAAGGAGUGCAGAGAAGACGAGUUCCUCUGCCUGAACCGGGCCCACUGCAUCCCUCGGCGCUGGCGCUGCGAUGACGCGCUGGACUGCAUGGACCACAGCGACGAGGAGAACUGCAGCCAGGGUGCUUUCUUCUGCCGGGCUGAUGAGUUCAUUUGCAACAACACCUUAUGCAAACUCCACACGUGGGUGUGUGACGGCAAAGACGAUUGUGGAGACAACUCUGACGAGGACUUAGACAUGUGUGCGAAGCUUCCCUGCCCUCCCACAAGGCCUUUCCGUUGCAGAAAUGAUCACGUGUGUCUACGCACGGACCAAGUCUGCAACAAAGUGGAUGACUGUGGUGACAACUCGGAUGAAGACAAGUGUGAGGUGGCGGCCGGAAGACCUCGGCCUUGUGGGAAGACCGAGUUCACCUGCAGCAACCAACGCUGCAUCCCGGCGCAGCUCCAGUGCGACCUCUUCAGUGACUGCGGCGACGGCGGCUCGGACGAGCGAGACUGCAAGGCCUCUUCCAGUGGUGAUGUAUGUGAAAAGAAAACAAAUCCAUGCGGAGAGGAUGCGAUUUGCAACCAAACAAAUGCUAAUGCCGUAUGCCAGUGCAAACUUGGCUUUAAAAGGAACCAACAGACAGGCCAAUGUGAAGAGAUAAAUGAAUGCCUGCAGUUUGACGCGUGUUCUCAAUACUGCACAAACACUAAAGGAUCUUUUAAGUGCACAUGUGACCGAAACUAUAAGGACAUCAAUGGGAAUUGUAUAGCAAAAGGACCAGAAGAUCGAGUGCUCUACAUUGCCAAUGACACCGAAAUCCGAAGCUUUGUGUAUCCAUUUAACCAGAGCCACGGACACAAACUGCUCACGCACAUCGAGGACAAUGCCCGCAUCAUAGGGAUGGACCUUCUGUUUCACCUCCAGAACUUUAUCUGGGCUACCCAGUUCAACCCUGGUGGAAUUUUUUACAAAGAAAAUCUAGAGAGAAGUCAAACUAAAACAAAUGUCGGAAACAUUUGUCCGGACUUCCGUCGACCCAGAGACAUCUCGGCCGACUGGAUAACAGGCAACGUGUACUGGACCGAUCACUCUCGCAUGCACUGGUUCAGCUAUUACACGGCCCACUGGACCAAGUUACGAUAUUCCAUAAAUGUGGGGCAACUCAAGGGACCCAAUUGCACCCGCUUGAUUACGGACAUCGCAGGAGAGCCGUACGCCAUCGCUGUGAACCCCGCCAGAGGUAUGAUGUACUGGAGUGUGAUAGGAGACCACUCUCACAUAGAGGAAUCCGCCAUGGACGGCUCCUUACGCAGAGUGCUCUUGGAAAAGAAUCUCAGGAGACCCACAGGGCUGGCCAUUGAUUAUUUCAACCAGCGAUUAUACUGGGCCGACCCCGAGCUCUCACAGAUCGGGAGCAUGAGAUUGGACGGCUCGGAUCCUUUGGUGGCAAUCAGCGAGAGACAAGGGAUUUCCCAACCGUACAGAAUAGAUAUAUUUGAAGACUACAUCUACGGAACUGGACUAAAACACGAGGUCUUCAAAAUCCACAAGUACGGCAAAGAGUCGGCGGAGUUUCUCCACUUGGGAAUGGAGAAGCCGACCAACGCUUUGGUCUCCCAUCGCUACAAACAACAAGAUGGAUCAAAUCCAUGCCUGAGAAUGUCUUGUGAUUUCAUGUGUCUGCUCAACCCAACUGGUGCCAGAUGUACCUGUCCAGAGGGGAAGGUAUUGGUCAAUGGCACCUGUAGCGAUGCCGUGAUCUCAGGUGAACUGUGCCGCCCGCCCUGCGAGAAUGGAGGCCGAUGCCUGGCCAAUGAGAAAGGAGACUGGAGGUGCUACUGCUGGCCCGACUUCUCGGGGGAGCGCUGUGAGGUCAACCACUGCACGGACUACUGCCUCAACGGAGGCACCUGCGGGGGCUCGCCCCUGGGUAAACCUACAUGCCGCUGCCCUGUUGGUUUCUCUGGACCCUUCUGUGAGAGGAGGAUAUGUGACCACUACUGUUUAAAUGGGGGAACAUGUGACAUCACUCAGGGGAACCAGCCGGUCUGCCGCUGCAUGGCAGAGUACACCGGGGAGCGCUGUCUUUACCACAUCUGCCAUCACUACUGCGUGAACUCCAAGGCCUGCACGCUAUCCAGUAGCGGUUACGUGGAGUGUGUGUGUCCCGCGAGGUUUGAGGGAAACAAGUGCGAGGUGGACAAGUGUCUUCGAUGCCACGGAGCUCCCUGCCUCAUUGACGAGGAGACGGGAGACGUGGUUUGCAAUUGCACAAAUGGCAGAAUAGCACCGAGCUGUCAGCUGUGUGACGGAUAUUGCUACAAUGGAGGCACCUGUCACCUGGACCCCGACACCAACCUGCCUUUCUGUCACUGCACGUCAGGGUUCAAGAACCAACGUUGUGAUGAGCUGGCCAACCCCUGCGAUUACUUCUGUCAGAAUGAGGGGAUGUGCACAUUAACAGCUCUUAACAAACCACGCUGCAAAUGUUCAGCCAAUUGGGCCGGAACGCAGUGUGAGAGACCCGCCCCUAAAAGCAGCAGGUCCGACAAUGCCAGAGGAGGGAGCUUCGCUAUCAUUGUGCCUCUGGUGCUGCUGGUGAUCUUGGUAGUGAUGGUGGUAGCGGGCGUUUUCAUCUGCAGACGCAGGCAAAGGGGGAAACGCGUCCAGAGGCAGCCGAUGACCAACGGGGGCAUCAACGUGGAGAUCGGGAACCCGUCGUACAACAUGUACGAAGUGGACCAUGACAACCACGCCGACGCUGGCAGCCUGCUGCGGCCCAACUUCACGCUGGACCCUCACAAGGGCUGGUGUGUAAAGUCCAGUGACUCCCACGACUUGGCCAUCAAUUCUGUGCCCAAGGAGGUAAUCCCCGGACAGCCCAUGAACUACUCCAACCCAGUUUAUGCAAAGAUCUACAUCGACGGGCAAAACUGCCGGAAACCGGUCAUCAGCAUUGAUGAGAGGAGAGAGCUACUCCCAAAGAAACUAGAGGGGACAAUUCACGAAACCGCCGCAUAGCCUAACUUUACACUUUGUACUUCUUUUUUUAACCACGUUGUACAAUGUGUAAUAUAAAGGAGGAAACCAGGAUUUCUCUCUUUCCUACGAGGCUCUUAGGUUUUCUGGUUUAGCAUCAGCAUAGUGUCCUUGUUGGUGUGCUAAAGAGAUUUAUUUUCCAUUUAAUGUCCUAAUGUUUGUCAAACAUAAAUUAUGACACUGAAGUUAAGCUGCUGAUUUGCAAAAACUAUUAACACCAUAAGCCACACUUGUGCACAGUUAAAAACCUUAAAAUGCAGUGCUAUGAGUUUGAACCCAUGACUGUUUCUAGUUCAAGUGGAAUCCGGACAGCGUGUCUUUAUUCGGAGGUAAAGAAAGAAGGUUGGCUCAAUUUUUCUGAACAAAUGUAAGUAUCGUCGAGCGGAGUUAAAGUGGUUUGAUGUUUCCACGGCUAAAGGAUUUUUUCUUUUUCACAUGUCCACCAAAACACUGAAGCCCGAUACUUGGGAGCUUUUGGUACCUGGAGGAUCUUCUUUAGUGGAUUUCCAGAUCAACGGUGUGUUUUUUUCUCACACGUUACGUUAUCUCGUCUCAUCCAGAUCUGGAUUCUGCAGCUCCGUCUGCCCCAUAACGCACCACAUCAACUUAUCUUUUUGGUGAAAGAGAUUGAAGCCGCCCUUGAAUGUUCCCGAAUCAGAUUCCCAGAUCCUGUACUGUACAAUGAAAAGACAGAUACUGAAUACCAUAUUUUUCUAGGUCUCACAUAUAUCAACAGAUUUAGACAAGGAAGAGAUUUAACGCGUCUACGAAAGCUUAUUAAGAGUCAUUAUCAACGCAUCUGACACUACAGAGAAGGAAGAUGAUGAAUAUAAGAAAUUUUAUAAUUUUGUAUUUGAUUUGUAUGUCGUUUGGCUGCUUGUAUUUUGAAGAACUGUAUUAAAUGUAAGUAAUUUUUAUAUAAAAAAAAUGUAAAUGGAUAUUGAAUAAAGGGGGCUUAUUUACA